AUGUACGCCCUCGUCGCAAACUCCUUCAAAACAACCCCUGCGGUGCGCCGCAUCCUCCCCUGUGCCUUCUACCACCCACACUACAACAACCCCCUGCACGCACCCCAGCCGCAAAUCCACUCUAGCCCGCAAGUCCACUCUACCACAAAGGUCGACUCGUUCUACGUCAACCCCUCGUUCCCGGAUGACUCGGAGACGCCGCCGACGAUGACGCAGAAACGCACCUCGGUCUAUGCUACGGCUGAGUGGGCAGAGACCAGUGCGACGCAGAGUGAGGCUGCUGUCAAGGCAGAUCGGGGCGAGGCGCAAAAUUCAAAUAUUGAGGAUAUGAUGCAGGCUGAAGAGCCCAAGAUUGAUGAGAUGUGA